GGUGGGGUUAGAAACGGAUGAAACCAGAGAACCCCAACAAAACAUGGAGGCAAUUAAAAAUUCAACUCUGCACCACAGCUUCCUUCCUCGCUUUCCAGUGAUCGAUCGCAAGCAAAAAUGGAGUUAUUCUAACCGAACCUUAACCCUAUCUCCAUCUCCAUCUCCCUAAUUCAUACAUUCACCGCCUCCACUUCGGGAUCUGAAAUACCCACCUUCAGUUUUUCAACUCCGGAACUGAUCUGAUUCAGUUCAUUGCUCCAAUUCUUUUCCCCCAUUCAAGUCAAAACUCUGUUUCGCUCACGAUCGGAAAUCCAGCCAGAGAAUGAGGCGGAGGCCCCCGGAUUUCCGAAGGCCUGUCAGGAGAAGAUUAUCCAACGCCUUUUGGUGGACUCUGUGUUUUGUUGCGGUUUUGCUUUUCGUUUUCAUUCUCAGUAAAGGGAGUCAGAUUGAGUCCAGGCCUGUCUUAAUAAAGAGAUCAUAUAGCCAUGAAAGAAUUAUGGAAGGCCUCAACAUUACUGAAGAAAUGUUGAACCCCAGUUCAAUUGCACGGCAAAUCAGUGACCAAAUUUCUCUAGCAAAAGCAUUCGUUGUGAUUGCAAAAGAGAGCAGCAAUCUUCAGUUUGCUUGGGAAUUAAGUGCCCAAAUCCGGAAUUCACAGAUCCUCCUCUCAAAUGCUGCAACAAGGAGAGCACCUCUGAGUAUUACAGAAGCAGAAACUGCAAUACGGGACAUGGCACUGUUGCUCUACCAAGCCCAGCAACUUCAUUACGAUAGUGCAACCAUGAUCAUGAGAUUGAAAGCUAAAAUCCAGAUUCUUGAUGAGAAUGUGAGCUCUGUCAGUGAAAAAAGUUCAAAAUAUGGACAAAUUGCUGCUGAAGAAGUCCCCAAAAGUUUGUACUGCCUUGGCGUUCGCUUGACCACUGAAUGGUUCAGAAACUUAAAUGUACAGAGGAAGUUUAGUGAAAAGAGGCAAAUAGAUACGAAACUUAGAGAUAAUGAUCUCUACCAUUUCUGUGUUUUCUCUGACAACAUCCUGGCCACUUCAGUUGUUGUCAACUCGACUGCUUUGAAUUCAAAAAAUCCUGAUAGGAUUGUUUUCCAUCUCAUAACUGAUGAGGUCAAUUAUGCAGCAAUGAAGGCCUGGUUUUCAAUGAACAAUUUUAGAAGGGUGACUGUUGAUGUGCAAAAGUUUGAGGAUUUUAGCUGGUUAAAUGCUUCCUAUGUCCCAGUACUCAAGCAACUUCAAGACUCGGAUACUCAGAACUAUUAUUUUUCAGGUAACGGCGGUGACAGUCGGACUCCCAUCAAGUUUCGGAAUCCAAAAUAUCUUUCAAUGCUCAACCAUCUCAGGUUUUAUAUUCCAGAAGUUUUUCCUGCUCUUAAAAAAGUUGUGUUUCUUGAUGAUGAUAUUGUGGUCCAGAAAGAUCUUUCUGAUCUUUUCAGCAUUAAUUUGAAUGGUAAUGUAAAUGGAGCUGUGGAGACAUGCAUGGAGACCUUUCACAGAUAUCAUAAGUACUUGAACUACUCCCACCCCCUUAUCAGGGAACAUUUCGAUCCCGAUGCGUGCGGAUGGGCAUUCGGGAUGAAUGUCUUCGACUUGGUAGAGUGGAGGAAGAGAAAUGUUACGGGCAUCUACCAUUAUUGGCAGGAAAAGAAUGUAGACCGGACACUAUGGAAACUUGGUACGCUGCCGCCUGGACUGCUUACAUUCUAUGGAUUGACAGAACCAUUGGAUCCCUCAUGGCAUGUGUUAGGAUUGGGCUACACAAAUAUCGAUCCUAAGGUGAUUGAGAAGGGGGCUGUGCUUCAUUUUAAUGGUAACUCGAAGCCAUGGUUGAAGAUUGGGAUAGAGAAGUACAAGCCCCUUUGGGAGAAAUACGUUGAUUAUACUCAUCCUCUAUUGCAAAGCUGCAACUUCCAUUGAUUAUAUGAACAUACAUUUGUUUUCCACAGGGAAGAUUGUUGUUUAAGGACAUCAGUAAUUUUUCAGGACAUCGAGCCACAGGCGUGCCAUUAUAACUCAACAUCAAGUAUGGCACGUUGCUGUAACAUGAAUAUUCGAGUAUUCGGUUUCCUGUUGUAGCACAGAUCCUUGAUAAUAGAUAAUUGCUUCUGUCCUUCCUUAUAGGUUAGAUUGAACAGCAGCAGAAGACCAUUUUUCUUGUGCCAUUAGCAGCAAUUGUUCCUCUCUAUGUAUCAGUAGCACUCACAACUCCCAGGGAUGGGCAUCCUAACUUAUUUGAAUUUGGAAGUUUAGUUCUUGGGAGGUUUACACUCCCUGUUGUUAUGAAUUGGUGGAUGCAUUUUCAAUUCCCUUCCUGAAAUUUGGCUGUUUAUUCUCA